AUGGACAAAGAGAGUCCAGGCCUCAACCUAGAGAAACUAGUAGCUGUUCUGCAACCAAAUGGACAUCAGCUUAUUCUGGAAGAGAUACCACACUGGAACGCUGCAGAGCUGGUGGUCAAUGGCAAGACUGUAUUUCACUGCAAAAUUAAUGACCUGGAUUUUGGAAAUGAUGGCAAGUUGCACCCACUUUGUGGAGAAGCCAGAAUAGCAGCAUUAAAUGCUUACUGA